UCUACAUCUGAUUUAGUAAUGUAUAACAUGGCCUCAUUAUAUCUAAUCCCCAAGAAACCUAUGAUUAGCUUAAUAAAUAUAUGCUCGAAGAAUAUAAAAUAUUCUCAUAGUUUCGCAAGCCCUUAUGCUUUACAGCUUUUAUCAACUCUGACCUUUAAAAAUAAUGGCAUAUUAAAUAUAUCUACGAAUAAAGAGAUAUCACACCAAUUUCAUAGCAGUCCUACCACAAAUGAUAUUGAUUCGGCAGCAAAAUUUAUUGGUGCAGGUGCUGCAACAGUUGGAGUUGCAGGCUCUGGUGCUGGUAUUGGGAGUGUAUUUGGCAGCCUAAUCAUAGGCUAUGCAAGGAAUCCUUCCCUUAAACAACAACUUUUUUCAUAUGCUAUUUUAGGAUUUGCUCUUUCAGAAGCUAUGGGCCUUUUUUGCCUUAUGAUGGCUUUUCUCAUAUUAUUUGCAUUUUAAUAAUUUGUUGCUUUCUCCCUAUUAACAACAUGAUAUAAGUUUUAAAUGAUGCUAUUUUAUAACUAUUCAUAUGUGCAUUUAAUAUGUGACUUCAUACAUUAAUUAUAAAAAUU